AUGAUUAUGGUAGCAUGGGGCAUCGUGAUGACGUUGAUGGGUUUGGUAAAUUCUUUUGAAGGUCUUCUUGUAUGUCGUCUGUUUUUGGGUGCUGCUGAAGCGGGUCUCUUUCCAGGUGUUAGUUACUAUCUCUCGAGUUGGUACAAGAGACGCGAGCUCUCGUGGCGUAUAAGUAUAUUUUUCUCGGCUGCUGCUCUUGCUGGCGCCUUCGGUGGUGUACUUGCCUAUGGUAUCACUAAGAUGGCCGGUGUAGGUGGACAAGAAGAUUCAUUAGAAUUGGCUCAUCUUCAUUUUAUUCCGAAACCACAUAAACCCGAUACACCAUUACGACCAAUUGCAGCGGCUAUUCAUGCACCAUCAACAGAAAUAUCCAAGUUUCUUAAUGAUUUAUUAGCACCUAUAUUUCUACGUGUUGCUCGACAAACUACAUUUAUUAAUGAGCGAAAUUUACGUAAUAAUAAAAUCGGUACAUUACGUAUUGAUGAUAUUAUGAGAAUGGCUCGUCUCGUAUUGGAUACGAAUAUUUUUGUCUACGAAAAAACACAUUAUCGACAAAUACGUGGUGGAGCAAUGGGAUCUGCCUUUACCCAAACAUUAGCUAAUAUUUAUAUGCUGGAUUGGGAACAACAACUAAUACAUGACCAACAAGUAGAUCAGAAAAUUUAUGGAAGAUAUAUUGAUGAUGUAUUUAUGACAACAAACUUAACACAUGAUCAACUCAAAGCAAAAUUAGAAAAUGCUCAUAGAAAAGAUCCCAAUAUUCGUAUUUCUUAUUCUAUUCAAUCGACUAUCGAUUUUGUCGAUGUUACCGUUAGCAACGAAGGUGAUCACUUGAAAACAUCUAUCUUUCAUAAAUCAGCUGCUGAACCUUAUGUACUACCUUAUACUUCGGAUCAUCCUCGACAUGUUUUUCAAGAUUUUGAUAUGGAACGUAUUCAUAUUGAUUUAUCAUUUUUACUAAAUGAAUAUCCACCUUCAUUUAUAUCCAAACAUUUUCAUCGAUUCUUCGAAAUCAAUCAGGCUAUGUCAGUAUUUGAAAGACUUGACUCGCAAGUAUACCGCCAAUUACACCAACAAUUACUUCAUAAGCCCACAAGAAGAGAACAGCAACUGCAACAAGCAACAGGAGACAUUGAUGUUUUACCUGAAGUAUUACAAAGAAAGACACCUUGGGAUUCCAAUGUCAUGUAUGCCAAAUAUAACUUCGAAAGUGGGCCAAGGUUAGCUUUUCAACGUGAUUUCCGCACAUGGUGGAAAAAGCAUUUUGCAUAUAAAGGAUCUAAUGUGGACCACGUUCAACUGGAAUUUGCCGUCAAAACUAAUCGCACUUUAGAAGACAUGUUUGUGCACAAGAAACCACUACCGUCGAUGCUAAAACGCAAGCCUACCAAUGUGUUACAAAAAGCUAUCAAUGAACCCCGCCCUAGUACAUAAAGAAGAAAAAGACAACUAGGACUAUCUAACGUAUGAAAGUUCAAAAAGAAACAUUUGCUAAACUAAACGCGUUCUUUCUAUUGCUUGAACAGAGUAAAAGGAAAAUAAAAACAGAAAUUAAACUUUUUUUUUCUUCGAAUUUUAAAACAUUUUUCUUAAAAUAAUUUCAUCAGUCUCCUCCUCCUCCAUUUUAGAUAUGAAAACCUCUACAUAAAACAGUCAAAGUACAAAUGUACACGAUUCAGUAGCAAAACUAUCGACACAUAACCAGACUUGCACUACUAUCGAAAACGAAACCCAAAUCAGUCAGAGAAACUAACAGUGUCAUCAAACAAAACCAUCCUAACCAACACUUAGAUAUGAGUUCAACUCCAAACCCGAAGACACCAACCAUCAAAAACACAGUAUGCACAUCACGGCGAGGAAGAUACACAAGAUACCCGCGAUUAUAAAAUAAAUCAGUCAGGCGACGAGGAAAAAAUCCAAAGAAAUAACACAUAUAAGUAAAUCACAGGACAAAGCAAUCCGGAAUGUUUUCCGAAAAAAACACUUAUUUGCUACUAUUGAAUAGAUAUGCAAUUCCAUAAGAUAUUUCCAAUGAAAAGCUUGAAGAACAAGCCGACAAAACCCAACAUCACAUGAAAAACAAAGUCGCGAAUGGAGCGUCAAAGCCAAAGGCAAAAAACAAAAAAAUCACUGAUUUCGGACAUAAAAAAAUUGGCAGAUCCGUUCUUCGCAAAACCGAGAUUUACCAAUCAAUGAUACACACAACAUCGCACCAGGUAUACAUGUCGCAGAAGGAUUUUCACCAAAGAGCGACACAGACAAUAUCACACCAAGUGUCGGUAUGGCAAAGGAUGUUUCAUCAGAAUGCAAAGGAUAGAGCAUCACGCUGCUUAUGGUCGCCAAAAACGUAAUCUUAUGGAGUGAACGACAUAUUAUAUGUCACUGAUCAGUUCGUUCGUCGGCACAGUAGCGGGACCACUCAUAUAAUAAUAGUGUUGUGUGUCACACGAAGUUCUUUUUAGCAU